AUGUUGAUGAGUAAGAGCGCAUUUUUACGCCCGGUCGCAAUUUCGCAACCUAAUAAGUUGUCUUGUGAUCAUGAAAAAUCCAAGUCUAAUCAAUUCUUAGUUACUAACGAAAACAGAAAAACCCUAACUAGGUUCGGCAAAAAUCAUAAUAAGACAACAAGGGCAGAUGCUCUUAACAAUAUUUACAAUGCAGCCAUCAAAACCAAAGAUUUGGAAGUAGUGCCACUCGUAAGAGAGAUGGCCAACGACAAAAAAGGUGUCGGAAUCGUUAAGUUUUUCCGAGGGAAGAACAUUUUUAUUACAGGUGGAACUGGCCUUCUUGGCAAAGCUCUCGUGGAGAAGAUAUUGAGGUCGACACCGGUGGGUAAAAUCUACGUACUAGUAAAAGCCGACGAUCAAGAAACGGCCCUUGAUAGAAUCACAAGAGAACUUAUCAACUCGGAGUUAUUCAAAUGCCUUGAAGAAAAACAUGGAAAAUAUUACCGGGAUUUUACGAAGAAGAAUUUGAUCCCGGUUGUCGCAUAUGUCAACGGAGAAAGAGAAGGGGUAAUAUUAGAAAAUCCGAUGAUGAUGGGGGAGAAUAGAAGAAAAGAAACUUACGAGACGUAUCCCACAUCUUCGCUUCCUCGUCUUAAUAUAUCCGAUGAAUUAAACCUAGCAUCGAAAUCGGGCACAAAUUCUACGGACUGCGAUUUUACCAAGGAUAUGAAAAGGCUAGGAAUGGAGAGAGCAAAUUUAUAUGGAUGGCAGAAUACUUAUCAAUUGACAAAGGCGAUGGGCGAAAUGGUAAUCGAUGAAACGAGAGGAGAUAUACCGGUUGUCAUUAUUAGGCCAACGGUGAUCGAGAGUUGCUACAAAGAACCGAUCCCCGGUUGGAUUCAGGGAAACAGGAUGUUUGACCCUCUAAUUUGUUCAUAUGGAAAAGGGCAGCUCCCUGCAUUUAUGUGCAAUCCUGAUACACCCAUUGAUAUUAUUCCGUUGGACAUGGUCGUAAACGCGACGAUUGCAGCCAUCGCGAAGCACGGUUGUAUGCAUACGCCACAACUCAACGUCUACCAAAUUGCAUCUAGUGUUUUGAACCCUGUCCGAUUUUCGGACAUGUUUGAAUACAUGUACAAAUAUUUUAGCUCACAACCUUUGAUAGAAUCCGAAAGUUCGACUAGAAUAAGUCACUACGACGAUCUAAUUACUCCGAUGAAGUAUUUUGAUAAUUUCGAUGAUUUGUCGAGAUAUACACGAGAAGAAAUGUAUCGACGUUUCGGAGGAGGAAAUCACGUAGAAGCUCAAAAGCUACAAAAGCAGUGCAAAGCAAAGAUUAUAUAUGCUCAGAAUUUAAGCAAGAUGUAUGAAUUUGCAGGUUUUCUCAAAGCAAGGUUUCAUUCUGGCAAUACUGAAAAAUUAUUGUGUGAAAUGUCGAAGGAAGAGAAGAUUAACUUCGACAUGGACGCAACAAAAAUAGAAUGGAGAAAGUACGUUAAAGAAGUUCAUAUCCCUGGUUUGAGAAAGUAUGUUCUUAAAGAGAACGUCGACAAGAGAAAUCUAUCGAAGCAGCGGUGUAAUUAA